AUGGCCAAGCUGGUGGAGUGCGUCCCCAACUUCUCUGAGGGGAAUAACAAAGAGGUGAUCGAUGCACUGGGGCAGGCCAUCUCCCGGACACCGGGCUGCGUGCUGCUAGACGUGGAUGCUGGUGCCUCUACCAACCGCACCGUCUACACCUUUGUGGGGUCCCCUGAGGCUGUCGUGGAAGGGGCGCUGAAUGCAGCCCGAGUGGCUGCACAGCUCAUUGACAUGAGCCGGCACACAGGCGAACACCCUCGCAUGGGGGCCCUGGACGUCUGCCCCUUCGUGCCCGUGAUGAACGGCAGCAUGGAGGAGUGUGUCACCUGUGCCCACAUCUUUGGGCAGCGCUUAGCAGUGGAGCUGGGGGUGCCUGUUUACCUGUACGCAGAGGCAGCGAGGGAGGAGAGCAGGAAAACCCUGCCUGCCAUCCGCACUGGGGAGUAUGAGGCUCUCCCUGAGAAGCUUGCAAAACCAGAGUGGGCUCCUGAUUUUGGGCCCCCAACCUUUGUCCCCCGAUGGGGGGCCACGGUGACAGGUGCCCGGACCUUCCUCAUCGCAUACAAUGUCAACCUGCUGUGCACCAAGGAGCUG